GUAAAGUGGGCCCUUGCUGGCAAAAAUCGGCCCUCUCUGCAUUGCCAAUAGACUUCGCACGACAUCUACAAGUACUCAUUUUGACGACUUGACAACAUCUCAAUCACCAGCACAACCGUCAAGAUGGCCCCCGCAGCAACCGGUGCGAAGAAGCAGAAGAAGAAGUGGUCCAAGGGCAAGGGUGAGUAAUUGCCGCGAUUCCCUCUUGGGUUCGUGAGGGAGAAAGAAGGCGAAGCAGCAAGCAAUGGGUUCACGCUCGCAGUCCACGAUGGCGGGGAAUUUGUCAUGUGCGAAUAGCGCUUGGGCGGAUAUAUGGACAAAUUCUAUUGAAUAUUGAGGCUAACAAGCAAUUCUCCAUCCAGUCAAGGACAAGGCCCAACAUGCUGUCAUGCUUGACAAGGCCACUUCGGAGAAGCUCAACAAGGAUGUCCAGUCCUACCGCCUCGUCACAGUUGCCACGCUCGUCGACAGAUUAAAGAUCAACGGUUCGCUCGCACGUAAGUGCUUGAAGGAUCUCGAGGAGAAGGGUCAAAUCAAGCCCGUGGUUACGCACAGCAAGAUGUUGAUCUACACCCGCGCUGUUGGCGGUACCGACUAAAACCACGAAUCUCUCAAUACCACAACGGGUUGUGACGUCAAUCUACACGUUGACUAGAUGGAUCUAACAGAUCGAGGACAUGGUCAUGGUGGUUCUGGGCAUUUGAUCUUCGGCGUAGCAUUAGGGCAGGUUAUGGUUCGGCUUUGAGCUGUUGUACUGAGGCGAGGUCAAAUAAAGUCAAUUUGAUCGUUUCUCAACCAUUUGCCUUGCUCCUGGCCAUGAGGGCAUGCAUUGCUGUGAGCAGUCUCCUCGCAUAGACACCAUGAUAACGCCUCUAGUCAUCCUCGUGGGUUCUAUCUUGGACGAGUCAGUCAGUCAGUAAAAUAAAAACAAAAUUUCAGCCACGUGA